AGUGCGUCUCAGCCGCCGCGGUAACGAACACCGGCUCUGCGUCUCGGUAUGACCGCUCGGGUAGCUCGGGCCCGGUGGGCCUGGGGCUCCUGGGGCCGCCGCGCCGCCUCGAGCCUCCGGGAGCCGCCGCCGGACGCCGUGGACGUGGCGGAGCUGCUACGGGGCUCCAGCGUGGCCGAGGAGGGAAUCCAGGAGGCGGUGGCGCGGCGGCCGCCUUCGCGCUGCUCCGUGUUGCUCUUCCCUGGCCAGGGCAGCCAGGCGGUCGGCAUGGGUGGCGGCCUGCUCCGCUUCCCGCGUGUGCGGCAGCUCUACGAGGCCGCGCACCGGGUGCUAGGCUACGAUCUGCUGGAGCUGUGCCUGCAGGGGCCUCAGGAGGACCUGGACCGCACAGUGCAUUGCCAGCCCGCCGUCUUUGUGGCUUCGCUGGCCGCCGUGGAGAAGCUACAUCACCUGCAACCGGCGGUCAUCGAGAACUGUGUUGCUGCAGCUGGCUUCAGCGUGGGAGAGUUUGCAGCCCUUGUGUUUGCUGGAGCCAUGGAGUUUUCUGAAGGUCUGUAUGCAGUGAAGGUCCGAGCUGAAGCUAUGCAAGAAGCAUCUGAAGCUGUUCCCAGUGGGAUGCUGUCUGUCCUCGGCCAGCGUCAGUCCAACUUCUCCUUUGCCUGCUUGGAAGCCCAGGAGCACUGCAAGUCUUUGGGUAUAGAGAACCCGGUGUGCCAGGUGUCCAACUACCUCUUUCCUGACUGCAGGGUCAUCUCAGGACACAUUGAGGCCCUUAGGUUUCUCCGGAAGAAUUCUGCUAAGUUUCACUUCCGGCGCACCAAGAUGCUGCCUGUAAGUGGAGGCUUCCACACCUGCCUCAUGGAGCCAGCCGUGGAGCCCCUGAUGAGAGUUCUAGACACCAUUAACUUCAAAAAGCCACUGGUUGCUGUCCAUUCCAAUGUCAGUGGGCAGAAGUACACACAUCCACAAUACAUCAGAAAGCUGCUGGGGCAGCAGGUGGUGUCGCCAGUGAAGUGGGAGCAGACGAUGCACUCUAUCUAUGAGCGGAAGAAGGGCAUGGAGUUCCCUAGCACCUUUGAGGUGGGCCCCGGGCAGCAGCUGGGAAGUAUCCUGAGGUGCUGUAACUGGCAGGCGUGGAAGUCCUACAGCUAUGUGGAUGUGAUGCAGAACAUCAUGGACCCUGACCUCUGAGGGCCUUGAGUGGAAUGGCCCCAGGAUGAGCCUCUGUGCCUUCCUCUUUUCCUCAGACUUGAGGACAAUGGACACUGCAGUCUCAGCUGUGGCUAAGGCUCCCUCAGAGCAGAGCCUUUGAGUACCAAUGUGUGACUUAGCCUAUUCCCUAACUGACAGGACCUCUGGCUGCUGGGGGAAAGAGCGCCUGUGCAGACUACCUGCCCAGCCGGAAUGCUGCUCUGCUUUCUGCACUCAACCGAGCUCCUCAGUGAAUCCAGAAGGGCUAGCCUGGGGCAGUCCUAGACUCAGCCUGUGGCUGUUGUGAACACACUGCUUGGCUUCAAGCUAGGCCUGGUGCCAGAGGAUCUUGUCAGCCACCUGUGGCAUGCUGCCCACCCAGCGAGACCUUAGCUCCUUUGGCCUUGAGUCUGUCUGGUCACUUGCUCGACAGGUGGGAGAUUGAGUCCCAUGUGCCAUACAUCCCUAAGAAGCACAUGUUAAGUACCUGUGUAUGCCCCAGAGUGGGCGUUCCUUUGUAUAAGAAACUAGGAGAGCGGUGUAAGGUGUGGGGUGGGGACCCUGACCUUCCUAGACCAGCCCCUGUACAUUCACACAGAGACACCACCACCAGCAAGUCAUCCAUGGGACAGUGUGUCUCCUACUGUAUUUAUGGCGUCCCUCAGAGCAGUCUGCUCCACAGUGGGAGUGGAGCAAAGCUCCUGGAAGACACAUAAUAAAACAUGAGCAUUCUAAGCUGCC